AUGAACGCGCAACCAGAACAGAACGAAAGCGCGCAAAGUUCUCUACCAGAAGAGCUGCGCGCCACCACGCGACAGAGGCACCACGCUUUGAAUGCGCAGAUCACUCAGCGCCUGCCGUUGUCUCUACCGCCAAUUGCAGAUAGCCCCUUCAAUUAUACCAAAGGUCUGAUAGUCUUUGGUCAGAUAUACUUCGCCUUCGAGAACUUUUUGGAGACACAAUUGGUUUCUGGUCAAUUGGAUCAGCGGCUGCUUCACAUUUACGAGCGCGUAUGCUUUUCCUGGCUGCUCAGGUCCAGCAGGCUCCAAACCGACAUUGACACUCUGAAAUCACAACUCCUGCGGUCUCAAGUCGAAGAACUUGAAGCCUUGGUGGAGGAGUCGAGAGGUUUUCGGCUGCGAAUUGAAAGGGCCUUGUCGGCGAGACCACAUGUCAUGCUGGCUUAUACCUGGACCAUGUACCUUGCUCUUUUCAACGGCGGUCGCUGGAUUCGAAGGCAGCUCGUCUCCGCAGGUCCAGAGUUUUGGCGUCCAGGCACACCGCCAUUAUCGUUCUGGGACUUCCACAGCGAAGAGGACGUGGAUGUGGAUGAGCGACUCAAAGGGGACCUCAAAGAGGGAUUUCGAGAAGCAGCAUCCACUCUGACCGACAGCGAGCAGAGAGAUGUUGUUCAGGAGGCUUUGAACUUAUUCGAUUUGUGCACCGAGAUGGUGGACUUCCUCGACCACAAGACCACCACUCGCUCAUCCCGAAUUCUUCCCGAACAGUUCCCAUCACUCAUCGCUUCUCCCCAGCUCAAUAAUUCCCCUGGCGCAAACUCGACGGCAGCUUCUCUCUGGCAAUUCAUGGUCUCUGCUUGUUCCUCGCUGAAGAUUACAGCAAGCACAGCACGGAGACAUAAAGCUGCUUCGGCAGGUUGA